AUGAGUAACAGCAGCUGGGUUUUAGCUCCUCUUCUUCCCCUAACAAGCUUCGGCAAUGUGAUGAUGUUUCUUUUCAGCAUUCUCUUGGCUGCGACCAUCAUUUUCCUUAAUGUGUCUGUGUCUCUCUCUAUUCUACUGAACAAGUCACUGCGCGGCGAGAACCGCUUUAUGUACAUGCUGAGCACGUGUUUCAGCGACGUCUGCAGCGGUGUGUCUUAUUAUUAUGCUGGUGUUCUCGAUGUAAAAGACAAUUUCGGCUCUCCUACGACAACCUUCUACAUUGUCCCCACUUUUCUUGGCCUGUCAUUCAUGGCUGUUUUGGCCGCGCAGGCGGACAGGUACCACGCCGUGGUGGCACCUUUUAAAUACACUCGGCGCAUGACCAGAAACAGAACCGUAUUGGUCAUUGUCGCAUACUGGGUCUAUGCUUUUUUGAUAGUAGCCGUGAACAAUUUGGUUCCGAUCGGGACUGCCAAACAGAUCACAUCAUUUGGCUCAUUUGUGGCGAACAUAAUCACUGUGGUCAUAAUGAUAGGGCUGAAUAUCAGACUCUUCAUCAUAGCCAGGUUUCAGCUGGGGAGAGAGCCACCCUCCGAGGACAGAGACAACAAGCGCGCCUCGGUCUAUCUGAUUCUGGUGGUGGCUGCGUUUUUCCUAAGCGCGUGGCUCCCUAUAUUUUGUCAUGUCACGGUGUGUCACUUAAUAGGUUACAAGUGUGACAACUAUAGGAAUGAAGGAACUGACCCUUUGCGUAUUUUGCCCCGAGUUAACGCGUGUCUGACCCCCAUCCUGUACAUCAGAGGGUGCGCAGCGCUCAGAGAUACACUCCUCAACAGGGUGUGGAAAUUCUGCAGGUGCAGGUAAGAAGAAGUGUGUGUGAUGUGAGCCUUGAACUUUAUCCAAAUCUGGUCUAUAUUGUUGUUGAAGGUUUUACACAGAAAGUGAAUAGCAGCUCGUGAUUACAUCAAAGUUUUGCACCCUCUCUAUUUGAUUUUGCUUGAAAUGCGUCAGUUUGCUGUAUUUUCCUGUCAUGCAAUUAUGAGACCCUAUUGAUUUCUCCUACUGUUUACAUAAUCCUCGUUUUCCUUCUUCUCUGUCCUCAAUCUCCUAGGCAACAUAUUGGAAGGCUCGGACCCUCACACACACAGUUCGUGCGGCGUGGCUUGAAAGUUGGAGAGAUGUCUAAGUAA